AUGUACAAACAAUACCAAUCAAAGGUAAUUCUAGCUAUUUUAAAGCCUUGUCUUAAAUGUUUAUUUAAUCAGGAGCGUCAUAUCACCUCAAAUAAUCACCUUUCUCCUCGAGUACAUAUAUCCAGUCAUAAAUCUAAGAGAAAUAGUCUAACAAAAGCACCAUCUAAUUCGCCUUCUAACAGCGGAUCUCAGCAUUCUACUCAACAAUUGCCUAUUGAGCAAAAAUCUUCUACAGACUACGACGAUGAUGCAGAUACAUUAUCAUCUUUACUCGCACCAAGGGCAUCGGCAGAGGCUGACGAUCAACUAUCGAACUCAAUCGGCGACUUUAGCGAUGAUCAACUCCUUGAUGAAGAACCGACCAAGAAUGAGGAUAAGGAAUAUACUGGACGAUACAAUGAAAGUGAUUAUCUACCAAUAAUUGCUAGAACCUUCGCUCGUUUGCUUCAGCAUCAGCCACAUUUGCGUGUCCUAUGGCCUUUCUCACGACAGCUUGAAGGAGGGGGAUGUGCUUUACGUAUGGAACAUCUUCUAAAAAGCGAGGCAUUUCGACAUCAUUGUCAAUGCUAUCAGGCUUCAUUUACAAUGAUUAUGGAUAAUAUAGAUGAUGAGCCAGCCCUAAGUCAUAUUCUCCAACAAUUUGGAUCUAAUCAUUUUUUCUAUGAUUGUAUUGAGCCUCACAUUCGAGUAGUAUUUAAAAUCAAAUUUUGAUCAGUCAAAUUAAGAUGAUGCGCGAAGAGUUUUUCAAUGCACUUGUUGAUUGCUUGAUAGGAAGCAGCGAAGAGUUGGAUGAGGAUAUAGCAGAAGAUUGGGAUGCGGUAAAUAAUAAAUGGUUAAAUAUUAGAA